AUGACCAUAUUUCUGAACGGAAGUCUGUAGCGCAGAUACUGUACCAGCUCAAUAAUUUGGUUCGCUAUGGAUUGUGGGAGUUAGUCAGACAGACACUGCCCAGGCUUGUUUCUCGGGGGCUGACUGAAACAGUAGACAUAUUGCUGCUCUCUAUUCUAGUUCCAGACUGGCUGCAGCAGCACCAUGUCCAGCCGCGGAGGAAAAAAGAAGACCACCAAGACGUCGCGGUCCACCAAGGCCGGCGUGAUCUUCCCCGUGGGCAGGAUGCUGCGCUACAUUAAGAAGGGGCUCCCCAAGUACCGGAUCGGCGUGGGGGCCCCCGUCUACAUGGCCGCCGUGCUGGAGUACCUGACCGCCGAAAUCUUGGAGCUGGCCGGGAACGCCGCGCGGGACAACAAGAAGGGGCGUGUCACCCCGAGGCACAUCCUGCUGGCCAUCGCCAACGACGAGGAGCUCAACCAGCUGCUGAAGGGCGUGACCAUCGCGGCGGGGGGGGUCCUGCCGAACAUCCACCCCGAGCUGCUGGCCAAGAAGAGGGGCAGCAAGGGCAAGCUGGAGGCCAUCAUCACCCCGCCUCCCACCAAGAAGUCCAAGACGUCGCCCGCCAAGAAGUCCGCCGCCAAGAAGGCUGGAGGGAAGAGGGGGCCCGGAAAGGCCAAGAAGAAGCAGGGGGAGGUGAGCAAGGCUGCCAGCGCGGACAGCACAACGGAGGGAACCCCGGCCGAUGGCUUCACCGUCCUCUCCACAAAGAGCCUGUUCCUGGGCCAGAAGCUCAACCUCAUUCACAGUGAAAUCAGUAACUUGGCUGGAUUUGACGUGGAGGGUGUAGUCAACCCCACCAAUGCUGACAUUGACCUUAAAGAUGAUCUAGGUAGCGCCCUGGAGAAGAAGGGAGGGAAGGAGUUUGGGGAGGCCGUUCAGGAGCUGCGCAAGAAGAACGGCCCCCUAGAGGUGGCAGGAGCCGCCCUGACCUCCGGCUUCGGGCUUCCCGCCAAGUUUGUGAUCCACUGCCACAGCCCCGGCUGGGGCUCGGACAAGUGCGAGGAGCUGCUGGACAAGACGGUGAAGAACUGCCUGGCCCUGGCCGACGAGAAGAAGCUGAAGUCUGUGGCUUUCCCCUCCAUCGGCAGCGGAAGGAAUGGCUUCCCGAAGCAGACGGCCGCCCAGCUCAUCCUGAAGGCCAUCUCCAGCUACUUCGUGGCCACGAUGUCCUCUUCAAUCAAGACGGUUUACUUUGUGCUGUUCGACAGCGAGAGCAUAGGGAUCUACGUCCAGGAAAUGGCCAAGCUUGAUUCCAACUAAACAUUUGCCCCCACCUCCCCCAAUUUAUAGGCUAAUUUCAGUUUUUCUGAUGAGAAAAAAAAUUACCCUUAUCAGGAGAAAAACCUUAUUAAAAAAUCAUUAAUAACUUGUUUUUAAACUUUAUUCUGGCUAAAUCUUUUGAGCAAAUGUAUAAAAAAACACAUUUCCUAUAAAUGUUGUUGACACUGACAUCUGGUUUGAGUUGCACUGUUUCCAUGGUGGUACAUGAAAUGGUUUGUCAUUUAUGUGGUAUUUCUAGAAAUCUUUUUACUGAAGGCUAGAGUUGCAUUCCGAGUGUUUGCAAUACUGUGAUCUUUUGUCCGGAAAGGGAUCUGGCAGGUACAUUUUUGUAUUUGUAUUGUGCUACUAUGUGUUUCGUUGAUUUCUAGUUGUUCUUUUUGAUAGGUGCAGUCGCAGCCUUUUGUGUUCAUAAUGUGUAUUAUUGUUAGACUUGGAGUGUAUGUAAAAUGUUUUAGUAAAAUAUUGGAAUGUGACAA